CGGACACGGACACGGUCACGGCCUCAUUUCUUGCCAGGGACUGUUCCCCGGCGGCGCUGUCGCUCCCGCUGCCCGCUCGGGCCCGCUAGGCUGUGAGGGGGCGCGGGGCAGGCCGGGAAGGGCGCGGGGCAGGCCGGGAGUGCCCCGGCACUCGGCCCAGGGGCAGCGGCACCGACACCGACAGUGACACCGACAGCGGCGGGAUGUGGUACGAGAUCCUGCCCGGCAUGGCCAUCAUGGGCGUCUGCCUCAGCAUCCCCGGCAUGGCCACCGUCUUCAUGCACCGCUUGUGUCACGGCGGCAAGGAGAAGAGGAUCGCCCGCUAUCCCUACGAGUGGACCCUGUUGGAAAGGGACCGGCGGCUGUCGGGUGUCAACAAGCACUACGUGUCCAAGGGCCUGGAGAACAUAAACUAAGGUGGCAACGCUUUGAAAAAUUCAUGUAUCAAUAGAAAGUGAUUUAAAUAAAGCUAUACAUGUGUUCA